UUAGUCUCUGAAUUCAGAAUAAACGAUCUUGGUUGUUAGUUGCCCUAACUUCCAGAGCUAGCUUGUAUACAUUUAUGUUCAUAAUCAAAUUGCAAUUUUGCAAUGAAUUUAUUCAUCUCUACCUGUUUGCUUAUUUUACUCAUUGAUAACAACGUGACCAAUGGACGUGCAAUAGGCUCCAUCGACGAGCCAAGAAAACGUAUAGUCAAUGGCCAGGAUGCCCAACUUUUUGAUAUCCCAUCUCAAGUAGCCCUCAUGAGAAAGUUUGAUGGUGUUUGGGAUCGAUGGUGUGGAGCUGUUUUGAUCGCUUGGAAUAAGGUUCUUACAGCCGCCCACUGUGUGGAUGACAGUUUGCCCAGUGACAUCCGGGCAGUGGUUGGGUUCUUAAACUAUAACGAACCACUAACUGGUUACGAACAAAUUGCCUCGAUCUCAGAAAUAAACGUGCAUGAGAACGACCGGACCAUACUUAAUUUAAACGUGUACGACAUUGCUGUACUGACACUGGCCACUCCAGUCGUACCCAGCAUACACGUGAAGGUUGCCAGACUGGCAGAUAAAAGUGAGAGUUAUGUCAACACGACCUGUAUCAUUAGUGGCUGGGGCUACACUAACAAGACUUUAAUGGCACGGCCAAACGGGCUCCAGAAAGCGGUAACAAUGAUUAUCUCCAAUACAGAGUGCAAAAUGGAAUGGCCACAAUUUGCUGACGCACUGGAUGAAGAAUUAUUUCUUUGCGUCCAUAACGAGAAAGGUAAGUCAGAUCAACCUACCAGCAUUUGUGCAGGAGACAGUGGCGGCCCUUUGUUGUGCGGGCCUAAUAAUGACAUACUCGUGGGAACUGCAGUUAGUAAUGAGGGAAAAUGCAAAGGUCUAUUUCCUCAAUUUUUCACAAAUGUCGCAGCGUAUAAAGACUGGCUGGCAGACAGAUUGUAAAGCUUGUUUCUUUUUGAGACUUUCUUUGAUGCCAUCACAAAAUAACAAAUAAAACAGAAAAUAUAAUUUGCC